AUGACACUUCCGUCUGCACCCAAACAAGCCCGAUUCACCAUCAUUCAGGCUGAUGGCUUGUAUCCUGAUGAUGUCGUUGAAAAGCAGAUAUUCAAGCCUCGCGAGUCUCAGCAAUACGAACUCGAUUACCACCAAACAUAUCUCUGGCCAACUGGAACCCCAAACAGGAAACCAUGGUCAGAUGUCGACAGAGCGCUCCGUGAUCAAGUAGAUGGAAUCAUGGUCCUGAAAAUGGACUUUACCUCCGCCGAUCUCGAUCUGUUUCCAAAAUUGAAGGUGAUCGUCCGUAUGGGCGUUGGUUAUGACCGGCUUGAUCGAGAGGCUUUAGCAAAGCGAAGCGUGACUGUGUGCAACGUUCCUGAUUACGGCACGUGCGAAAUUGCAGAUCACGCUAUGGGACUUGUACUAUCGUUUCGCCGUGGUAUCCUGCUGCACAACGAGACUCAACGUGCCGACCCUCCCGCACCUUGGAUGUACAUUGAUACACCACUAGUGUCACGGCUCCAAGGUGCUACGUUUGGUAUUUUGGGGCUGGGUCGCAUAGGCACAGCGGUGGCCCUGCGAGCAAAAGCAUUUGGCUGGAACGUCCUAUUCUACGACCCAUACCUGCCAAAUGGAGUCGACAAGAGUCUCGGUCUUGAGCGCACCAGAGACAUCCGCGAGCUGUUUAGGAGGAGCACGACUUUGAGCCUACACUGUCCUUGUACACGGGAGACUCGUGGAAUGGUGGACUAUGGUUUGCUGAAACUACUGCCUCAUGGAGCAGUGUUUGUCAACACGGCGCGUGGCGAGAUCGUGGAUUUAGAUGGUGUCGAAAGAUGCCUAAAGGAAGGCAUCAUCAGCGGUGCUGGAUUGGAUGUAUUACCCGAGGAGCCAAUACCAGAGGACAAUGUACAUCCUCUUAUUCAGGCAUAUCGAAAGAAGGAACCUUGGUUGAUGGGUCGAGCGGUGAUCACAUGUCAUACCGCCUUCUAUAGCCCGGAGAGCUUUGUUGAUAUUAGGGUGAAGAGCGCUGAAACCAUGAGGGAUGUAUUAAUUGAUGGCAUACAGAGUAAUGUCAUAACACCAGAGAUGGAAUAA